UGGCGGGGCCGAGACACGCCCGCCGCGCGGCCCCCGCUCGCCGCCGCCCCCCGGCGCUGCCCGCGUCCCCACCCGCCCGUCUGCCCGCCGAGCUGGUCCGGCCGCCGCGAGCAUGCACCCGACGAGCUAGGAGGAAGCCGAGCCCCACGGGAAGGACCGAGAGCCGGCCGCGCCAGCCGCUCGCCCGCCGCGGGCCCCUCCCCUGUGGGCGCCCCCAGCCCCACACCCCCCCACCUUCCUGAGCGGUGGGGGGGUGCGGGCUGCCGAACGGGGGCCCCGCCGCCCCGCAGCCGGGACAGCCCCUCUCCCCGCCCCCGGCCCCCUCCCCGGCCCGGCCGGCCAUGGAUCUGACCAGCAGCGCGGGCGGCGGCGGCGACCCCCGGCAGAUCGAGGAGACCAAACCGCUGCUGGGGGGUGACGUGCCGGCCCCCGAGGGCACGAAGAUGGGCGCCGUGCCCUGCCGCCGGGCCCUUCUGCUGUGCAACGGGAUGAGGUACAAACUGCUGCAGGAGGGCGACAUCCAGGUCUGUGUCAUCCGGCACCCGCGGACCUUUCUCAGCAAGAUCCUCACCUCGAAAUUCCUGAGGCGCUGGGAGCCGCACCACCUAACGCUGGCCGACAACAGCCUGGCGUCCGCCACGCCAACUGGGUACAUGGAAAACUCAGUCUCCUACAGCGCUAUUGAAGACGUUCAGCUGCUGUCCUGGGAGAAUGCCCCGAAGUACUGUUUACAGCUCACAAUUCCUGGGGGAACUGUUUUACUGCAGGCUGCCAACAGCUACCUGCGGGACCAGUGGUUCCAUUCUCUGCAGUGGAAGAAAAAGAUUUACAAAUACAAGAAAGUCCUGAGUAACCCAAGCCGUUGGGAAGUUGUCUUGAAAGAGAUUCGAACUCUGGUGGACAUGGCCCUGACGUCGCCCCUGCAAGAUGACUCCAUCAACCAAGCCCCACUGGAAAUUGUCUCAAAACUGCUCUCAGAGAACACAAACUUGACCACGCAGGAGCAUGAGAACAUCAUUGUGGCAAUCGCCCCUUUGCUGGAAAACAACCACCCACCACCAGAUCUCUGUGAAUUCUUCUGCAAGCACUGCAGAGAGCGGCCCCGGUCCAUGGUGGUCAUCGAAGUGUUCACUCCCGUGGUCCAGAGAAUCCUCAAGCAUAACAUGGACUUUGGGAAGUGCCCGCGACUGAGGCUGUUUACUCAGGAGUACAUCCUUGCCUUGAACGAGCUCAAUGCGGGGAUGGAAGUGGUGAAGAAGUUCAUUCAGAGCAUGCACGGCCCCACGGGGCACUGCCCUCACCCCCGGGUCCUGCCCAACCUGGUGGCCGUGUGCCUGGCUGCCAUCUACUCCUGCUAUGAAGAGUUCAUCAACAGCCGCGACAACUCCCCAAGCCUGAAGGAGAUCCGGAACGGCUGCCAGCAGCCCUGCGACCGGAAGCCCACCUUACCUCUGCGCCUUCUGCACCCCAGCCCGGACCUGGUGUCUCAGGAAGCCACGCUGUCCGAGGCGCGGCUCAAGUCGGUGGUCGUGGCCUCCAGCGAGAUCCACGUGGAGGUGGAGCACACCAGCACUGCCAAGCCGGCGCUGACGGCCAGCGCGGGCAACGACAGCGAGCCCAACCUCAUCGACUGCCUCAUGGUCAGCCCUGCCUGCAGCACCAUGAGCAUCGAGCUGGGCCCCCAGGCUGACCGCACGCUCGGCUGCUACGUGGAAAUCCUCAAGCUGCUGUCGGACUACGAUGACUGGAGACCGUCUCUGGCCAGCUUGCUUCAGCCCAUUCCAUUCCCCAAAGAAGCUCUCGCACACGAGAAGUUCACCAAGGAACUGAAGUACGUGAUUCAGAGGUUUGCUGAAGACCCGCGACAAGAGGUCCACUCCUGCCUGCUGAGCGUGCGGGCUGGCAAGGACGGCUGGUUUCAGCUCUACAGCCCCGGAGGGGUGGCCUGUGACGAUGACGGGGAGCUGUUCGCCAGCAUGGUGCACAUCCUCAUGGGCUCCUGUUACAAGACCAAAAAAUUCCUGCUCUCCCUGGCAGAAAACAAGCUGGGACCCUGCAUGCUCCUGGCGCUGAGGGGCAACCAGACCAUGGUGGAGAUCCUGUGCUUGAUGCUGGAGUACAACAUCAUCGACAACAAUGACACGCAGCUGCAGAUCAUCUCAACCCUGGAGAGCACCGGCGUGGGGAAGCGCAUGUAUGAGCAGCUGUGCGAGCGGCAGCGGGAGCUGAAGGAGCUGCAAAGGAAAGGCGGGCCCACCAGGCUAACACUGCCCUCCAAGUCCACAGACGCAGACUUGGCUCGUUUGCUGAGCUCUGGCUCCUUCGGAAACCUGGAGAACCUCAGUUUGGCCUUCACCAAUGUAACCAGUGCCUGCGCUGAGCACCUCAUCAAACUGCCUUCUCUCAAGCAGCUGAACCUGUGGUCCACUCAGUUCGGAGACGCCGGCCUGCGCCUCCUGUCGGAACACCUCACCAUGCUCCAGGUGCUGAACCUGUGCGAGACGCCUGUCACCGAUGCUGGCCUGCUGGCCCUCAGCUCCAUGAAGAGUCUCUGCAGUUUAAACAUGAACAGCACCAAGCUCUCUGCUGACACCUAUGAAGACCUGAAGGCCAAGCUCCCCAACCUGAAGGAGGUGGACGUCCGCUACACGGAGGCCUGGUGAAGCUCCACUCGGCAGGAAGGAGUUUGCAACCGCAACACACAACUCUUGACUAAUUAGCUGUAGAGCGGCCAGUCCUGGGGUCCCACCCCAGCAUCCUGGCUGUGAGAUAGAUGGGGGAGUCUUUC